CCUUUGCUUUUUCAGAUCCCGAAUGGGCAUCUUGCAACCUCGGAGUUUUCAUCUGUUUAAAUUGUUCGGGAAUUCAUCGAAAUAUUCCUCAAGUCAGCAAAGUGAAAUCCAUUCACUUAGAGGACUGGGAAGAUGCACAGGUUGAGUUUAUGGCCUCACACGGGAACAAUGAAGCUAAAGCAAAAUACGAGUCUAAGUUGCCACCAUUUUAUUACAGACCUACCUUUAUGGAUUGCCAAGUGCUCCGAGAGCAGUGGAUUCGAGCCAAAUACGAAAGGAAGGAAUUUAUGUACGUUGCAAAACAAGAGCCUUACUCUGCAGGGUACAGAGAAGGCUUCUUGUGGAAACGGGGACGUGACAACGGACAGUUUCUGAGCCGGAAAUUCAUAUUAACUGAACGGGAAGGAGUGCUGAAAUACUUUAACAAACACGAUGCGAAAGACCCGAAAGCAGUCAUACGGCUCAAUCAAAUCAAUGCCAGCUUUCAACCAGCAAAAAUCGGGAACCCGAAUGGUCUGCAGGUUACUUAUUUAAAAGAUAACAGCACCCGGAAUAUAUUUGUGUAUCAUGAGGAUGGGAAGGAAGUCGUUGACUGGUUCAAUGCUAUCAGGGCAGCUCGGUUCCAUUACUUACAGGUGGCGUUCCCAGGGGCCAGCGAUGCUGAUUUGGUGCCAAAACUGACAAGAAAUUAUGCAAAGGAAGGUCACAUGGAAAAAACGGGUCCAAAGCAUACUGAAGGUUUCAAGAAGCGGUGGUUCACGUUGGAUGAGAGGCGACUGCUGUAUUUUAAAGACCCAUUGGAUGCCUUUGCCAGAGGUGAAGUAUUUAUUGGAAGCAAAGAGAAUAACUACAGUGUGUUGGAUGGACUGCCUCUGUCAACUCAAGGAAAUCAUUGGCAGUAUGGAAUUACCAUCGUAACCCCCGACAGGAAGUUCCUAUUUGCCUGUGAAACAGAAAGGGAACAGCAGCAGUGGAUCGAAGCCUUUCAGAAGGUCAUUGACAGACCAAUGUUGCCGCAGGAGUAUGCAGUGGAAGCGCAUUUUAAACACAAACCGUAAGAGAAGACCGCUGAGCUGGGCUGACUGCCGCAGAGAGAAAGCAACAGGUUAUAAAACGUUGCUGUUCUUGUUAUGGAAUUGUGAAAAAAUAUUGUUUGAUGUUAUGCAGCAAUCUACAAACUCAGCCCCUCCUGCAUUCAGCUAAGGAGAAGACAGCUGCACAGAGGCAGAAAGUGAACCUGAAAGCCAUUCUGCAUGUUGCUAAAAACUGUAUAAACAAAGCCAGAGCAUGAAAUUCAACUGCGCAAAAGGAACCGGACAUCCAUCAGAAUGUACGAUGCAAUUCACGUAAAAAUACACUGCAUGAACACGUUUAUCCACUAAUACAGUCAGUAGUCCUGAAUGUUCUUCCACCACAUGAAUGUUACAAACUUGACUACAUUGAAAAGCUAGCGUUCUCUCCCUACAUUGCUAUACCUGCCUGUCUGCCUGUGACUUCAUGUUCUCUGCAGUACAAUGGCCUUGACCUUCCUCUCUUCUGAUCACAAUACCCAACUGCUCUGUGAUCAUUCCAGGGACCAUUCCCUGAGUGUGUCUCCCUGCAUUGCUACCCCGCGGAUAGCAGCAUUGAGAUAGUUUGCAAACACUGAGUGAGAAAGACACCUUUUACAGCAAUUACACCUUGGGGAAGGGAAGGUACGUUGAAAAAGGACUGUUAUUAACAUUAGGUCUUCAUUUACUUAU